AGGUGAAGUGGCUGGCGCGCGUGAUGUCCGACCUCGACACGGAAGGACGUCGACAGUUCCUCCGCUUCGUUACCGGGACUCCCCGGCUGCCGAUAGGGGGCUUCGGGGCCCUCCGUCCCCGCCUCACGGUGGUGAAGAAGGAGGUAGACGUGCUUCCGGGGGGCACUCCGGACAGCCACCUGCCAAGCUGCUCUACGUGCCAGGUGUACCUCAAGCUGCCCGCGUACACGUCCAGAGCGGCGCUGGAGGCCAAGCUCAAGCACGCCAUCACCGAAGGACAGGACCACUUCGCCCUCGACUAGGUACAAGACAAGACUAAUCCAACCAGCCCCACCGAAGCCAUCCCCUUCGUGUCGUCCUCAUGCCACGUAGAUUAUCGUUCUUUGCUCGAACUUGGUGGCGUGACUAGUGUUGGGGUUGGGGCAGGCUGAUCGCGCCGUUGUCCGUUAUGGUGGGCCGAGGGCGCUUUUUUCGUUUUCUUUUGCCGCUAGAACAUCAGUCUUUGCUCGAUCUCGGUGCUAUGAGAUUUUUAGUGUUGGGUUGAGGCAGAGGCUGUACUCGCUUUUUUGUCUGUGAGUGAGGUAGGCGAGGGAGGGACUCUUUGUGGUUCUCAUGCCACGUCUCGACGUUCUAGGCAUGUAUGAGUAGUGUUGGGGGGGCAGGGGUCACUUGGUGCUACACAUCGAUAGACAGACUGUAGCACGUGUGUCCAGUUUAUGUAUCGUUGUCGUUUUUGGUCGAUCUCUUGGUAUGAUCGUAGUGUCGGGGGCAGGCAGCAAACAGGCUCGCUUUCUCCCUGCUAGAACAAAUAGUGCUUGUAAUUCCUUGCUGUUGGUGAUGGCUUUUGUGUGCGACUGCUCUCUUUGCGGUGGAAUGGAGAGACAUCUUGGUUGGGUAUGUGGGCAGAGCAUCACCCCACCCGUGUUGCUUCGUCUUCCGCUUGUCGCAGCGGGAACGGUGACUGCCAUGCGUCAUGAGUCGCUGCAACGCUGUUGAUACCACCGAUUAGAAGCUGUGUGGGCAGGCGGCAAGUCUAAUCGCAAUAGACAGUCGCGCGUGUGGGAUAUACAGGAGAAACGAACUCCCGCGUGGGUUUUGGUUUGAACUGAAGUGUUUGUGGUGAUUUAGCUGCUUUGUGCGCGCUGGUUUGUGAAGGGUUGAUUUCAUUGAUCUAGAUCUAGAUGUGACGUGGCCGUUCAGGCACAGAGCAGGUCGACGUCCAUCGAUGGUUUGCGCUUUUGACCUAUACCUGCAUCGUGGUUUUUGUUCGUGUUGAUCCCCGCAGGGUCAAACGUGAGGUCCGUGUUUGUAUCGUCCACGGUCACAUCGAUCGUCCCUCGUGGAGUUUUGUUGCCGGUGGGGGCGGUGCGUACUUCAUUUCCUCGAUUCUUCGCUUUUGUACUACUGUGCCGGUCAUGUUGGAUCUGUGUUUGGCGGUUUGCUACAAUUUCACUGCGCGGGUUCCGAUUAUGUCGUCUCGUUUUGUCAACACGACGAUAGAUGGGCGAGUGUAUGGGUACCAGUAGGUGGUGGUGCUUGUUUUGGGUGUAGUGAGGGGGGUUUAGGUGUCGCUUUUUGUGCCGCGGGGGGAAGAGAUGGACGAUCAGCGUCUCGUGUCUUUCACGGCAGGGAGGACAGAACGGCGAUUUUUCCCGGCAG